AUGCUGAUACAAUAUAUAUUCACACUACCGCUGUUACCUCUGAUAUUGAGUUUGAAUGAAGAACGACUGCUUGACUCGUUGUACCAGAUCAAUCAAAAAUGGGACCAGAUCUUCGAAGAGACCGUGUUUCUGGAAAAAAUCAAAAAAGUAAGUAAAAAGGAACAGUAACCAUGUAAAACCAGACGAAUCCUAAAGUUUUACGAAGAAAAUGAAAGAAAAACUACAGUUUUACAGGCUUAAAAAACACCAAAGAAAGUCUUCAUCGAUUUACAAGUAUAUUUUAGGGUCUGGACUCAGAAGUAAACGGGAAGCUAGGCCUGAAGACCAUGGACUUCAACGAUUAUUCGAGAGAUGUCUCUGACAGCUUCAACAACUUCUUCGAGAAGAAAGUCAACUCUUUACGAGUACGUUACCCUUAAUUAAAACGUAUUUGAGUUUAGAAAAUUAUCAAAACCACGGAAAAAGUGACAACAGACAUGGAUUACUAUCAACAACGUAUCGAUGUAAGUCAAUUUCAAGUAAAAUAUGUUGAAACAGUUUAUUAUAAGGACUAACACAACACGAAAUCAAACCUUACCCUCAAUAUUUCAAUCGAAAUCAGUGAAAAAAAGAUUUUGUCCUGUUUUUCUUCAAGAAAUAAAUUUACAAAAGUUGGGCGAAACGCCAAAAUUGAUUCCUAAAAUUAUUGUGCUUCCGUGACAUAAAGUAAUAAUAAAUACAUCGAUUUACAGGAUGCUUUCGAGUGUUACAACUUCCAGAAGCGAAUUAACAAUUCCAACCUCUAUUUCAUGGACUUGGCAAUGCAGAAGAGCGGAGUUCAUAUUAAUGUAGAGGCUGUCAAGUGUGGUAUGUUUGUUUUCGAAAACUAAUGGACCUUUACAGCGCUCACAUACUUAGUAAUGACAUUUUUAACUACGUUCCACUUUCCAAACAUUUUUUUUGUUUGAUUGGACAUUUUUAGGAUAAAUUUUGUUAUCAAAAACACUUACCAAUUCACCAAGCAAAAUUGAAAUUGUGUUAGCUCGAGAGUAAACUUAUCUUUUUGUUUAGAUCAAGAAGUAGUUCGUGAUUUUGAAUGGACUGGACUGCCAGAAAUAGAAAGGACUUUCCAAGACAAUGUCAAUGUAGAUCCGACAAUCCAACGACAAUACAUUGGGACUUACAGCGGCCUAACCCGAGUUUUCCCUUCCUUCAGAUGGGAAGCUGAGCCAAACCAAGUGACCAUAGAUCUGUUCGAUCCAAGGUUUAGACCAUGGUUUGUGGGGGCUGAAUCUGCGCCUAAGGAUGUGCUUUUCCUGUUGGACUAGUAAGUUGAGGACAAGUUUUAAAUUUUUGGGUGAGCGCGUUUUUAAAGGCUUGCUUUAUGGCCGCUUUUUAUGAGCUCGUAUAGAUUUAUGGAAAAGACUCGUAUACUAAUUUAAAAACAAAGAUCUUACAAUAAUAUAAAAUGGUUUUGGUUAUAAAUUUUAAUUUUCAGCAGUGGUUCAAUCAAGGGUCAGACAUUACACUUGAUGAAGAUGAUUAUAAUGUACAUUCUGACUACUCUAACACCGAAUGACUACUUUAACGCCAUCUGGUACAACAGUAAAAAAGAGCUACUGCUGUCGUCGUGCUCUGGCGAUGGAUUUAUUCAAGCCACGACUAGGAACAAACGUCUGUUUCAGAAUAUCAUGGAUACGAUCGAAGAGAAAGACCAGGCUACGUUACCUCCGGCUAUCAACAUGUCUUUGGCACAGUUUGUAUCUGUAAGUCUAAUACAAUGUAAUGGAUUAUUGGUGUUUUCUUGUAGGAUUCUUACAAAAAGGCGUACAAGAAACGUCAGACCAGUGGGGGACAUAAGGCUAUCAUGUUGUUUACUGAUGGUAUCGAGUUCUGGCCUACUGAAGAGGUCAAGAUGUUCAGAAGGCAUUAUCCUAAACAGAAGGUUGGUCUUAAUGAUAAUUAUGUAGGAUGAUAUUUAUUACAAUAACAAGAUCAUUACCUAUAUGACAUACUCUUUUAGGUACGAAUCUUUGGCUACUCUAUGGGUUACGGUACUGGCCAUAUACCAGCCCUAAAGUGGAUAGCUUGUGAAACAGAUGGUACCUACUCCAUCGUUGACUCUAUAUCUGAUGUAAGAAUGCAAUCUCGUACCUACUUGUCGAAACUGGUCAAGCCUUUGGCUGAUGAGUUGAGUAUGAUACCUCCGGAAGAUCGUCUUCCAAUUUUCUCUUACCCUUACAUGGAUACUCAAGGUGAAGGUGCUGUGAUCAGUGUCUCUGCGCCGUUGUUGAACUUCAUGAACAAUGUCAGUGACGAAAGCAUUAGCCUGUUGGGAGUGGCAUCAGUGGAUAUUACACUUGAGAGCCUGAGGUUGUUGUCCAAAAGUAAUGAGAACAUGUACUCUUUCGUCAUUGAUAACAAUGGCAUUGUCUUUUACCAUCCCAACCUGAAGGUACCUCCACGAGAAGUGUAUUCUGUCAGAAGGACAGCGUGUCAUAACGUGAAAGGCAGUAUUAGGCACGGUACUCGAGUACAGUACGGGCCAGCUGAUGAGCGGGUUAAGAAGAUCAUGGGACUUAUCGACUCUAUAUUUACCUUGGAUAUUGUAAGUUGGGAUGAAAAUCUAUAUGUGUUAAUGUUUUAGUCUAAUAUAUUUCUUAAUGUUUACUAUGGCUGACGUACUCUGUUUUUCAGCUAGAACUGGAGCCAGAUCACUCGGAAAAGUUUAAAAAGUUUAGAGACAAGAUGAUUAAAGGAGAUUGCAGUGAAGCUAUUGAUGAUGUAAGUUUUUAGGUAACAAAGUAUAAAUAUAUAGAUGCAAGAACUUACAAUAAUUAUAUUUCAGGGUACCAAACAGUAUCGUUGUGCCAAAGUCAAAGAUACCCCACUGACGAUUGGCUUUGUUUGGAACAAGAAAAGCGAAGUGAUAGAUGUUGAGGAAGACACCAAAGAGAUGAUAUUCGAAGAGAACGAACUUGUAGCCGAUUGGAUACGCCAACCGUAAGCUUUAUUAUAUUACUAUGACUACCACUUCUCUUUAUGGGAAUUGAUAGUCUCUUUAAUGUCGUGUUAAUGUCAGGGUUGGUCAAAAAGUACAUAGAAAAGUCACAAUUGGAGGCAAAAGUCGCGUAAAAAAUGUUGUUGUAGUCCUUAGGAAAUCUAUUGUUAGCCAUUUAAAUGUUUUGAUUUUGACCUUUGCAGAUCGCUGUGUUCCGAGUUCCUAAGUGUGAAUCCUCUGUUCUCCCAAUACGAAAGUCUGAUGGAUUUGGCUGAGAAAGAAGCUGAAUGUAUGUCAGUUCGCGAUAGACGACUGUUGUCGCUGUUUCAUCGAGCUAUGAGUGAGUGGCGACAACAAUGGCCAUAUCUGGAUGUGAACCAGACCUGUGAGACUAGAAUAAGCAUCACGGACGAGCAAAGGCAUCCACACUUUCACUCAGCCUUCGUGGAGACUUUGCCUGGGAUUGUGACCUUCUAUCCGGCAUGGUAAGUUUAUAUCAACGUGUAUUGUACGAGAUACGAAAUCUAUAUUACUGUGCGCUAUUUUAUACGCAACACCGUUAUCAUUCUUUUAGUAACAACAAGAGUAUGCAACACUUUUUCGAAGACCAACCUCAACUUUUGAAACGACCGGUAGAUUCGGAAGCAACGAAUAUACGAGUAGAUCCUUUCACUCAGAUAGUAACUACAUAUCGUACGUUGGAUAACAAAGAUACGAAAGCAGUAACCGCCUUACUGGGUGUUCAAUGGAACAAGAAGAUCUUCAACGAGCUCUUUACUGAAGCUUUCGAGAACGAUGGAGGUAUGGCAGACUGCAGAAAUGACAAUGUCAAGUGUUAUCUGCUGACAAGUGACAUGUUCAUAUUGGGGUCUACUGUUGCUAAUGAACAUUUACAUCUUUCGACCAUGGAACCACAACUUUUGGACCAUCUGGUCGGUCGGAAAGUCUUGGAAAAGUAAGUUUGGCUUAAUUAUUGUUGGUCAAUUGCAAUGUAAAUGUCGUACUUUACAUUAAUAUUUAUAUUAAACUAAAGUACUUGUGUUUAGGACAUCUAGAAGAGAUUACCAAGCAGAAUGUGGUAUCAAAGAUAAAAGAUACGAGAAAUUUAAAGGACCAGCUAGCUUUUCUUUUAGACCUAUGACAAUAUUCAACUCUCUUUUUAACACUGUAGUCAGCCUAAUGUAAGUUCAACUUUUACAAGCAUGUACAAUAUUGUUUGGCUUUAAAAGGUCGUGUGACAAGAUUAAGUGUUCAACAUUGGAAAUACAAAACGUACUUUGUUCUAGAUUCUCAUUCAUAUCAACGGAAAGCAAACCGUACUAUCAGAACCAGACCUGCCACUUCCAAGGUCGUGACUUUAUUGAGCAAUGUGUGGUAGAAGAGAAUUCGUACAAGCUGGUAUCGUACAACAAAAUUACAGUACGCUAUAAGGUCACUAAAGACUGUUACAACACUGCUACAGUACUCCCGAGCCCAGAGAAAAGACUGAAUAUGAUUGUAGUCGAAGGGACUUGUAAGCCUAGUCCAUCGACUGCCAACCGAAUUGCCAUGCAAUACCAAUAUAAGCCUGUUAGAGGUAGGGUUUAUCGUUGUUAUAGUUUCUUAAGAAGGUGGUAGACGUUGAAAUGUAAAGAUGUCUUCUUUAAUGGAAGAUGUCUUUAAUGCCUAUAUCGCAACAUAAAAAUGUCGCGAACCUAUCAUAAUAUAAAAAACUAUAUUAUAGUAGAAGAAUGUUCCCUCACUGAAUCCACAUAUCGUGCCAGACCUACAAUAAUAUUCUCAGAGAAAUACGACGUAAGCUUUACAGUAAAUUACCUAAAAUAACAUUAUUAGGUCCCUCCUCCUGACCAAUGUUCUUCCGGUGCUUUUAAGACUGCCAUCUUCAGUAUGACGAUUAUUAUGCUAACAUGGACGGUAAUGUAUUAUUAA